AUGAAUAAUUGCGAAGAAGAGAGUUGUCCGUGGAACAAAGAAGGGAGCAACUUUGAACCUGAUCCUCAACUUCCUGCAGCUAUUCUUAUCUUUUACCCGAACACGGCUAUUACAUAGUGCCUACUAUUGUCAUCAUUGGAUUUAAUCAUCGAUACAAAAGAUGUCAGAGGAAGGGAUGGUGGAUUUCUUUGAGGGAAGGGAAAAGACGGUUCGGGUAUACUUCACAGUGCCAGAAUGCUGUUCAUUGCUGGAUCUAGAGACAGAUAUAUGGGAAGAAUUACUGAAACAAACCGGCUGCAGCAUCAUCGGGGAGUUACGACAUAAAGAAGUGACGGCGUUCAUUCUAAGUGAGAGCUCCCUAUUUGUUUGGCGGGACCACAUCCUCCUCAAGACAUGCGGCACUACAACACCACUCUUACUCCUGCCCUUGCUCAACCGGCAACUGGGAUGGUUGGAGGGUUACGAGUGGUUUUCCUAUUCUAACGGAGCAUUACUUAAACCUGGUCUGCAACCAUCUGGGUAUAGGUCGAACGAAGAGUUAGAACAGCAAAUUACCCACACACUUCUCGAUCUUACCUCAUCAACUGACGGCUCUAAAUCUUCCCUGUCAUUCUCAGACGGAAGCUUUGAGUUCGUGUCCCAAAAACCUACCAAGUACAACUCUCCAACUCACACAGUAGUGGAGAUAAAACUUAUCAAUCUUCAAGAAUGUGGUCAGUUCUACCUCGCCUCCGAUAGCACUGCUAUUGACAAAAUGUUCUCCGAUUUGUUCCGAGAGCCGUGGGAAACGGAUCACUUUCACUUUGAACCGUGUGGUUUCUCCUUAAACGCUUUACAUCCGGAGAGGAAGGAGUCCUACGCUACCAUCCACGUUACCCCUGAACUUGGUUUCUCGUAUGUCUCCUUCGAGACGAACCAUUUGAAUGAACUGAGGAGUCAGGUGAAGAAAUUGUGCUCACUAUUUUGUCCGAGACAGGUCAUAGUGACUGCACAAUAUCCUGUUCUACCCCUCUGUCUUCGUGAAAGGGGCGGUAAAUUUAGUGGGUCAGGUGAUGUGAUCAUGGACCUGCUGCCUGGAAUCGAAUGUGAACGCCAGUAUUUUGAAGAACAUUUUGAAGAAGAUCUUAAAAUUGUUUCUUACAAGCUUAAUCUUCCGCGAGUUCAUUGGUAGUGUAAUCGCUAAAAGUGCAAUGGAAGACAGCUUCUUCCAUUGUAUGUACCAUAAAUAUAUUAAACAUAGAUAUCGACAACAGCAUGGAAGACAGCAAUGACAGUACAUACAAUUGACAAUGUCAAUAGAUCAUUUAGAUGCUUAGUUGUAAUUUUUAUUGUAAGUGAUAAAAUGCUUUUGGAUCUUUUACUUUAAAGCUUUAUGUUUAUAGGAUCACAAUUUUG